AUUGUGAUGUUGCUGGUGUAACGGCAACAUCUCGUACCUCUAGCCGGCUAGAUAAAAUGGUGCCGCGAAAUGGUGACCACAAAUAGAUGGGCUUUGAGAGCCACGAAGCAUUAACCAGAGAUCGAAUCGGUCGAGAGAUCCGGCAGUGCUUAUGAUACAAAAGUAAUCAAGCGGUGAUUGCGAAGUGAAGUGAUCAGUAAUCAAAACUCGAGUGGCAAGAAAGCAGAAAAAGCAAACGAACGGGAGGAAAGUAACCUAGGCACAUGCAACAACUGGAUACGGAUACGCUUUUCAAGCCCUGAACAGCCGCCUACCCACGAACCCACCCACAAGUCAAGAUGCAUCUGUAUCUGGUGCUGAUCUCGUGCCUGGUGAGCUCCUCGCACUGCUGGCAGUUCGACGGCGGAGGUGGCCACCGCAGGCCAAGGAACACCGGCCGGGGUCCUCCGUCCCCGUCCGGAGGCAGGGGAUCCGCCGCCCUGUUGGGCUCGCAGCAGCAGGACAUCCUCUACGCCUGUCCACUCAACUCCAUGUGCCAGUGCGCCGGUCUGCCCAACGAGACAAGCACCCUGAUUGAGAUUAAUUGCAACGAGGUGGCCCUGUACAAGUUUCCAGAGUUCAUGCACAGUAGCGUGCGCUACAUCGAGAUGUCCAACACACAUCUGCAAAGUGUCGACGAUGAGACGUUCCAGGGAUUGCGUCUCAAGACACUGAAGCUAAUCGACAACGAACUGCAGGAUAUAUCCGAGCGGAGUUUCAGCACGAUGACGCACUCGCUCAUGACGUUGGAUAUAUCUGGCAACAAGAUGCAGCACCUGCCACUGGAUGCACUGCAGCGACUGCAUUCCCUCUCGCGACUGGUGGCGCAACGCAAUCACAUCACCACCUUGGAUGGCAACUGGGAUGCCCAGCAUGACACGCUUCGAUCUCUGCAUUUAUCCGACAACGAUUUAACCGAAGUGGCGCCGGGCGGGGGAUCAGUGGAAGUGAUUUCCCAAAACGACAACAGCUCCCAGCCUUCCAGUCUGGCCGCAGUGCAGACCAGACUGGAAACGAGUAAUUCCAUUUACCCGCCAUCUCCGAGCUCCGGAGAUCGGUCGACGGGGGGUCGUCCCUUCGAGCAGUUGCAAAAACUACUCUGGCUGGAUUUGUCCAACAAUCGGAUCUACCAUGUGGCCGGCAACUAUCUGCCGCGUUCCCUGGUCACCAUGGACCUGUCCAGCAAUCUGCUCACGGUUUUCCCCCAGCAGCUCUUCGAGCAACUGCCGGAGUUGCGAAUCGUCAGUUUGAGGGACAACCUUAUACGGAGUGUGCAGUGGAAGGAACUGCAGGUGAGGCCACUGCGAAUGCACCUGGAACGCCUGGAUCUCGGCCAGAACUGCAUUGAAAGCCUGGAGUCCGACUACUUCCAGCAGAACUAUUCCGAUGUUCAUCUGAGAGCUUUGAACUUAGAGCAGAACUUUGUCACCCAGCUGCCAGAGGCGGUGUUCAAGGCCACGGGCAUAGCCCACCUAGUGCUGGCCUUCAAUGCGAUCAGUCGAGUGCAUCCAUCGGCCUUUGAGGGUCUCACUGACACCCUGGAGUAUCUGGAUCUGGAGAGAAACCGACUCACCACCGUGCCCGUGGCCUUAUCCUCCCUGAAGCACCUGAAGUACCUCUAUCUGACCUCCAAUCAGAUUAGUCAGCUGAACAAUCUUCCCUCGUUCACGGAAAACCUACGCGUUCUCAGUCUGAGUGGCAAUAACUUCACCAUGAUCCCUGUGCUCGGCCUGAAGAACUACACACAGCUUUCGUACUUGAACAUGGGUUACAACUCUAUCACGGACAUCCCCGAAGGCAUUUUCGCCGUGGACUCCUGGGGCAGCAAUCUGCAGACGAUACUGCUGCGAAAUAAUAAGAUAACCCAUCUGCACUUAGGAUCCUUCGCGGGUCUGGACCAAAUUCAGGAGAUCAGUUUGAGUUUCAACGACAUAACCAUACACCAUCCUCUGGUCUUUGAGAAUGUUUCAAAAACCCUCAAGAUCCUGGAGCUCUCGUUCGCCGUCUUUCCGGCCAGAAGCCUGGAGAGUCUGGACCCCCUGGAUGCCCUCUUGCCACUUUCCCAGCUCAUUUGGCUGGGUUUGGACAACAAUAACUUGAAGCAAGUCUCGAACGAGUCCUUCGCACAGAUGAGGGAAUUGAGCUACAUCAAUCUGAGCUUCAACCAGCUAAAGACACUGCCCCGCGGACUCUUUCAGUCCGAGGCUCAUAGUCAUUUGGUGGAAAUUGAUUUGUCGUACAACGCCUUGGAGCGACUCGACUCGCAAACGUUUCAUAGCCUCGGGGACUUGCAGACACUUAAUUUGCAAUCGAACCGCCUGAGAUCCAUAGCUCGCCAUGCUUUUCACAAUUUGGAGUUCCUACGCUACUUGGAUUUGUCCUAUAAUCGCCUGGUCAACAUCUCCCACGGCGCCUUCACGGUGCUGCCCAAUCUGGCUGGCCUUGAUAUGAUGCACAAUCAGCUGUGUUCGCUGUCGUUGAAAUCCUUUCUCUAUGUUUCAAACACCACCACUCCAUUACGACUCAAUGUGAGUCACAACCACAUAGCCAGUUUUUAUGACGAGCUGAGCAGCUACAUGUAUAUCUACCAGCUGGACAUUAGUCACAACCAUGUGAGCAAGUCGGAUAGCUUUACCAACCUGGCGAACACGCUGCGGUUCCUUAACUUGGCCCACAACCAGCUGGGUUCUCUUCAGAGCCAUGCCUUCGGUGACCUGGAGUUCCUCGAGAUUCUUAACGUGGCUCACAACAAUCUCACCUCGCUGAGGCGUCGCAGCUUUCAGGGCUUGAACAGCUUGCAGGAACUGGAUCUGAGUCACAACCAAUUGGAGCAGCUGCAGGUGGAGCAGUUCUCGAACCUGAGGAAGCUGCGGAUCCUGCGCAUCAACUCGAAUAGGUUGAGGGCUCUGCCACGAGAAGUGUUCAUGAACACGCGACUGGAGUAUCUGGACAUAGCCGAGAAUCAGCUGAGCGUUUGGCCAGUUCCGGCUUUUACGGACAUCGGAUUCACUCUCCGCUCCAUCCAGAUGUCCCACAACAAUCUAGAGUACUUGGAUGCCUCGAUGUUCAUCAACUCGCAGUUCCUGUACGACAUCAGUUUGGCCCGCAACCGCAUCACCAUUCUGCCGGACAACACGUUCAGUUUUCUGAAUAAUCUGACCAACCUGGACCUGUCGCAGAAUCCCCUGGUGACGACCAACCUGCGGGAGGUGUUUGUCCACACGCCGCGCCUGAGGAAGCUCAGCAUCCACCACAUGGGCCUGUAUGUCCUGCCGCCGCUGAAGCUGCCCCUCCUCUCCUACCUCGAUGUGAGUGGCAACUAUCUGCAGGAGCUGUCGCCACUGGGUUCCCUCCGCCAUCUGCGUCACGUCAAUGUCUCUCACAACAAACUCACGAAUGCGAGCUGUGCGGCGGAGCACCUGCCGCCAUCAGUUCGCGUAUUGGACCUGGCCCACAAUCCGCUGCGCAGGAUAACGCUGCACGAUCUGGCCAGCUUGCGGCACCUGGCCGAACUGAAUAUCCUGGACGUGAAGGUGACCAAUCCGCAGGCAUUUUCCAAGCUGCGUUCUCUGAGGAAGCUACAUGCCAGUUCGCACGCCAAUCUGGGCGAGAUUGUGGCCAGGAUACCGGGUCUGCAGCAGCUGAGGGUGCACUGCCUGGAGCCCAAUAUUGGCCAGCAGCUCCUCGCCAAACUGGCGAAUAACACGAAAAUCCGGCUCCUCGAGCUGUAUGGCAGCAAUGUGCAGACCAUUGCCCCGGACGUCUUCACCGGGCUAUCGCGAAGUCAACGACUGCAGGUGAAGAUCUCGCACACCCGCAUCUCCGACCUCCCGCCUGGUAUAUUUUAUGCGCUGCGCGAGGUGCCGCACCUGUCCAUCGACAUCUCGCACAAUCGCAUCAACGCCCUGGCCGCCGACAGCUUCUACCCCAACAAGAGCUACUGGGAUGCCGUGGGAACGCGGAGCAUCAUGGGUGGGCUCAUCACCUCGCACAAUCCGCUGGAAUGCGAGUGCGGACUGGUGUGGUUCGGUCACUGGCUGCGCCGCUGGCUGCGGGAGUCGGCCCAGAUAAAGGUCAUCCAGAAGGAUGACCUCAAGCGCAUGGUCCAGAGAGCCCGCGCCAACACCUGCCACGAUCCCACAUCGGGUCGCCACCUGCCCAUCCUGGAGAUCUUUCCCGAGGACCUGCUCUGCCAGGCGAGCGCGCUGAGCAGUUCUGGCCAGCGCAUAUUCCUGUUGUCCUUCGCGAUGGCCCUUCUGAUACCCAUUGUGAUGACCACCAUGACCCUCUGAUGUUGGCUUUAGUUGCAGGCGAAGUAAGUUACUCACAGAUAGGAGCGGCUGAAGUGCUGAAGAUACUCAAUUGAUCAUUGCCUGUAUGAUAUGUACAUAUAUAAAUAUAUAUAAAACGAAGAACUUAAACUAAUCGGUAGGUACGAAUUUUUGGGAUAUAGCUAAUUGUGAGAGCCAGGCCCGCAACAAUAAAGAUACAAUUAAAUGAAAGACAAGCAAAUCGGUUUAUGUCCACUCGUAAUUGAUAAGUUUUAUAUACAUACGAACAAAGUAUAUUUAUAAGUAGUGGAACAAGUCAUGUGCUGGGCAUUUUGUUUUUACAUUUAACAAUUUCUUCCAAUUCCUGACUAUGACCUUUGUUACAAAACUGUGCUAGGCUCGUCACCAAAACUAAUUUCUUCCACUCGCCCACACGAACUUGGUCAUCUUACCUAACUUGAUUUCCACUUCCGACGCCCAAUACAUGACUUGUGUCUUGGCCAACAUUUAUGGUAAUUAAUGCAAUUGAUUACUUACACAGAACACCAUACACACACCAGCGAACAUAUGAUGAUUCCUAACACACUCACACACUUAGAGUAUAGUUAAUAAACCGUUUUUCAUCUCCAUAGAACAACAUAGAGACAUAAGGUGUUAAUAAUAGUUAUAUAACUAUUUUUAAAACGAAUUUGCAAAACCAAACUAAUAAUACAAAAUCUAGUUUUAUUUGCCUAUCAUUUACAAUUUAGACAAGGCCAAUAAGUACAUUUAAUAUAAAUACAAAUACACAUUUAGAUAAAUCGAGAUAUAUAAAACGAUAUACACUAAUGAUAUGAAAAUUAUUGGAUAGCAAUUAUUAAUUGUUUUUUAAGCAAGAGUAGCGGACAUUGCACAUAUAACAGCUAAACUAGAAAACGGUUGGCAAACUUUACGGGCAGUCAAAUUUUAACAACACACACGCAGACAUAUAUAAGUACAUAUCAGUUUGGCAAAAAAUAAUAAUAAUGGUAAAAUAAUGAAAAGCAUAAUCAUGUCAUACACAGACAUACAGAACUCCAAGCAAUUUAACUGAGAGGAAUAAAUUACGAAAUAAAAACGUAUUCUUGUUUUUUGCGUUCAUUACUCACCAUUUCAUUGCAUUUUAUUUUUUCUUUACCUCUUUACAUUAUUUCGGUUACAACAAUGACAAUCGUGAUACUAAUUGUAGUUGUUUACACGACGAUGAUGCAAAAUGCACAAGUAAAAUAAUAAUAAUGAUAUUGGUAAAUAAACUAUUGAAUGAGACAAAGUGGACAAAUGAAUUAUGGCAAAACAAACAAACGAAAAAGCUGCUGGUAUUCCAAUUUUUUUUUACCUAACCAUUCAGUUUUUCAGUUUUCCGCCCAACAACCCAUGUCCCCAAAUGAAAAAAGAAGGAAACCAAAUGGAAUUUUUAUCAAAUAAUAUUGUACAUACAGCAAACGGAAUGGAAUGUUCAUUAUGUUUAUUCAAGCCAGCGUUUAUUUCC